UGAUGAUGAUGAGCUGGGGGCCGCCCCCGUCUCAAGGGCGCAUCGCAUGGCGGGUGUCGGGUUGGCGCCGCCGCCGCAGCUGGGCAUUUCCUCAGAGGAGGCGAGAGGCGCACGCCUCACUGGCGGGCGCGGCAGACCGCCACGCACACAACAAUCAGACAUUGAACCGGCUCGUCCUGCUGCUUCUGCUGGUGCUGGAGGUGUUGGCGUGGAGGAGGUGCGCCUGGAUGUCGGUCCUGGGGUAGGUGGAAGGGCAGUGCGUGAGAUCGAAGAUGACAGUGUUGAGGAAAAUGUGGGUUACGAGAGUGAAGGUGAGGGAGGGGUGGAGGGCCGAGGGAGGUCUGAGAGAGAGGUGGCCGACCUCGAGCACAACCAAAUACUCGCUGGCAAUGAAGGUAGGGGUACGCACCUGCGCAGCGAGCAAGGGAGGGAGGGAGGCGUGAUCUUCAUUCGCGUGUGUCCGUCGUGGUGGUUGGUUGUCUGUCGUGUGCAGACUACGCUCGUUUCAAGAAGGGUCGCAAGGCGGCCAUGGAUGACACGCACCCGAUGGACAGACUGAGGCUGUGGGAAACGGCACUCGAAAUCACUGGGUGGGUGCGUGAGUGACAGACAGCCAGACCGACUGACAGACAGACUGUGCAGGAUUCAGAACGUGACCAACAGCAAGCAGGACGUCUUCUAUGUCGUUACUCUGCGGCACGUCAACAAGAAGAAGAGGGUCAGGGAGGGAGGGAGGGAGGGAAGGAGUGAGGGAAGGACCGAACACCUGCCUGCCUGCCUGCCUGCCUGCCUGCCACCCACGCCAUCAAUCAGCGGAUUGUGUGCGUGUUUGUUGCGUUGGUUGGUUCGCAUGUGUGUGCAGAGGGGCGUGAUUCGCCGCACCUUCAUGUACACGGACGCCUACUACCUCGAAAAGGGCGCAAACAGUCAGCACAGCACAGCAACCUCAAAACACACCUCACCAGCCUGACUGAAACACACCAAGGACAUACACAUGUACAUGAUUGGGUGUCUGAAUGGAUGAAUGCACUCGCAGAGCGACUGCGCGUUCCUGAGAAGGUCUCCAUUCCGCGGACCCUCAAGUAAGUAAGACCAAAGGCAGGCAAGGCAAGGUGGGAGGGAGCGAGGGAGGGAAGGAGAUGUGUGUGUGUGUGUGUGUGUGCGUGCAGGCUGAGCUACAACGACCUGAAGGACUACUGCGUCACGUUCGAUGUGAGAAACCACAGACAUGACGCCUUCCUUCGACACACACCCUCCCUCAUUCACCACUCCCUCCCACUGUACUGUGUGUAUCCACACCGCCCACGACAUUCAUUCUGAUUCAGAUGUGGAAGCUGAACAACUUCACGUUCAACACGCACCAUGCCAGCGCCCAGCUGUCGCUCUACGACGCCGCCAGCGAGAGCAUGGACAGAGUCAUUCUCGUCAAGAGAACCGUCAAGAAGGGACACAAAACCAACAGUCAGCCACAGACAGACGGAGGGAGGGAGAGCAACAGCUCCACAGGAGCAUGGAUGGAUGGAUGGAUGGACGUAUGGAUGUGUGUGUAGGCUUUGAGGUCCAGCGUCUGUCGAUCACGUGUGAGCUGUCGGAGGUCUUCUCGUUCGAGCUCAAAUUCGACAACUGGGUAACCCCGUACCACGCACUGACCAGGGAGGGAGGGAGGCACACACCCGUCCAUCCAUGCAUGUGCAUGUGUUUGUUCCUUCCCCCCCUCCCAGGGUUUCCGCCCAAACGAUUCGUUGGACAAGGCGCUGAUCGACGCGCCCAAGAGGCUGGAAUUCGCCGUGCCCAAGUGAGUGGACGCAAGCAAUGCACAUUGAUGGAAACACACGUACAUACACACACACACACACGUACACGUGUAUGUAUGCAUCACAUCGGUAUAUGGGCGGCGACUGUGCGUAUGUAUGUGUUCUGACUGACUGGAUAUAUAAUGCGCACAGGAACAAGGGGGGAAAGUUCCGCGUGCGCAGCACCAAGUUCGACAAGACGUACGUAGGUGUGAUCGAAUGUGACGCGCGGGCGGGACAUGCAGACAGACAGACAUGUAGCCAGCCGGUCGACCAGCCGGCUUCAUGAGCGCAGUGCACCUGGUGUGUGUGUGCUUUCUUUAUUUCUUUCUUUCCAGGUCGUUCUGGAAGCAGAUUCCCACUUUCCAUUUCAAAGGUGAGCUCAGCGAGUAGAACCGGGCGAGCGUGUUGUGUUAACGACGCUGCCCAGGUGCAUUGACCCAUAGAUGGAUGGAUGGAUGGACACGUAAUGAUGCCAUCACGUGUGUGUGCAUGAAGGCACCAAGUCUCAUUUGGAGAACACCUACUUCGCCGUCAAGGUGUUCGCAUUCCUCAGCCACCUCAAACCCACACAAUACAUCGGUCGGUGCACACGCACUCACUCUCUCGCAGGCCGGCCACGUGUGGCUUGUCUUGUGUAUGGGUGCCUGUGCGUCUGUGUCUGUGCGUCUGUGUCUGACGUUGAUCCGUUUGCUCCUUCCUAGGCAAGGCGAUUUUGUCGCUCAAGUCGGUGCUGGACAUAUCGGUGUUCAAGGGGGACGUCAAGAUACUCACCGUACGCACACACACAGACAACACCACACCUCCUUAAACGUGUGUGUGCGUUGAUUGAUACAUAUAUGUCUGUCUGUCUGCAGUCGGCCCCCGAUAAGCUUCGCAAGGGCAUGGUUCGCGGCAAUGUCAAGUGUCAGCCCAGGAGCGCAUUCGCAACCGCUGACGAAGACGACAAGUCAGUCAGUCAGUCAACGCUCAGGCUGAUCCAUCCAUCCAUCCAGCCACUCACCCACUCACCCACUCACGUGUCCAUUGUGUCUGUACCAGCGUCAAGGUGCGCCCGGAGCAGCCCCGUGGCGCGGCGCUCCUGUCGCAACUCGACAUCCGCGAGCAGUACCUCGUCGUCAGGAUCUCAAAGGUAGGCAAGGGUCACCUGGUUUGUUUGCCCAGUUCUGACUGUGUCUGUCUGUCUGUUUUGUGUAUCCAUGUAUUGUGUUGCGGUUUUGAGUGUGAGAAUCUGCCCGUGGCGGAUUCGGACACCGGCAGCUCCGACCCGUUCGUGCGCGUCAAGUGGGACGGACUGGUCAGUGAGUGAGUCACCCACCAUGUACACCUGACUGACGGCGAGUGACGUGUGUGUGUGUUGGCAUGUAACUAACACCGACACAUCCAUCCGUCCAUGGGAUGGACAGAUUCAGAACUCUCCGGUGCGGGAGAGGACGACCCGUCCGGUGUUCAACCAGAACUUUUACUUCCCCGUCAGACUCAUCAGCAAACGCUCAAGGACCAACCCGAAGUCAGUCACCCAGACAGACCUUGGAACGCAUCCAUCCAUGUGUACUGUCUGUGUUGUGGGUGUCUCUUUGUCAGGUACAUCCGCAGCGCAUUGCCCGUGGAGAUGUUCUCCAAGGGUGAGGGAGAUGGGGAGACCCGAAACACAGCCAGCCAGGCAGCAAAGUCGAUGUGAUUAAUCGUUGGUGUGAGUCACGCAGGUUCGAUCGACAUCGAGGUGUGGGACAAUGACGACUUCAGCUCCGAUUUCCUAGGGGGUCAGGACAGACACACAGACACACAAGCACGCUCAGACAGAGAAAGAGGGAGAUGGCGAGGGAGAGAGAGCAACAAAACGCGACCGAGGGCGUCGCUGCAUGCCUCUGUCUGUCUGUCUGCCUGCCUGUCUGUGUGUGUGUGUGUGUGUGUGUGCAGGUUGCCGUGUGGACCUGGCCGACAUCACGGGCAGCAACAACAUCCAGAAACGAUCUCUAGCAUACGUACGUACGGAUGCACAUGUACACGGACAGACACACCACUGCACUGCCUACACACUCACCCAAACCAACCAACCACCAACAGGUGCAACAGGUGCCCAACCAACCGUCAUAACAUGUGUGUGUGCAGGGCACCAAGAAAAAGGAAAGGCGCGCCGGACCAGGUGCACCCGCACGCACCACUCGUCCAUACCCACCCGUGCACCGACCGACCGACCGACCGACACACUCCUGCCUGCUUGUUUUCUCUCUGCUGCGCAUUGCAUUCAUUGUCUGUGUGUCUGUCGUCUGUCAUGUGCUCCAUCGAUCGAUCAUCCCCCACCCCACCCAUCUAGAUGCGGUAACGGCUGACGACGAAGACGACAUCGAAGACGAAGAUGGCGGCAAACGGAGGAGAAAGGUGCACACGCACACACACACAUACAUCCAUACAUACAUACAUACGCAUCCAGGAGGGGCUGGCUGGCUGGUUCUGUCUGUCUGUCUGUCUGUCUGUCUGUCUGCGCGUGUGUGUGUGUUCAGGAGCCGUGGGAUGUGGAGUUGGACACACGUGUGGUCGAGGGGUACAAGGAGCCCCUCAUCGGCUCACAAAUCAAGGUAGGUAGGUACGUAGGUACGUCCAUACCUAAGUAUGGACGUAUGGAUGCAUCAACCAACGAAUGCAUCAACCAACACAUAGAUAAGAUACAUACUGCGGGGCUGGCUGGCUGCAUGUGUAUUCUCGUACGUAUGCAUGUGUGGGUGGAUGUCUGUCUGUCUGUCUGUCUGCAGACGGUGGGGACGUCGAGCAUCUUCUUCGAGUGCUACUUCUGGCCCGACUUCCACGAGUCGCUGCGCAUCGAGAAACCCAAGACAGAGGUCGGUGCGUGGGUGGGUGGGUGGUAAGGGGGCACCCACCCGGACAGCCCAACAAUCCGUCACGUGCAAUGCGGAUCUGCCGUAUGUGUGUGGGUGCAGGAGUCUCGCGAAGACGCCAUUCGGAAGGCCAUCGACACGUGGAAUGCGGUCAGAUGGAUGGAUGGACGGGCUAUGGAGCCACGCAUCCACCUGUUUUUGUCUGCUGUGUUAUCUAUCUUGUCUGUGUGCCAUCCAUCCAUGCAUCAGGACUUCACAGCGUUCCAGAACGAGUAUCUGCAGGACUUCCCCGACGGUCCAAAGGACCGCACGUGGACAUGUGCUGCAGAACACCCACAGGUGGGUGGGUAGGCAGGCGGUACUUGCGUGUGGUUGUGGUUGUCUUUGUCCAUUCAUGACAUGUUGCAAUUCAGACGAAGCAGAUGUACCCCUUACCGUGCUUCGUCACGCCAAUCGUCAUACCAGAGGAGAUGGCGGCCGCUUCGUGAGCAGUAGCCAAGGGAAUCACAGAUCGACACACAUCCACACUAAACAGAGCCAAGACAACACCUGCCCUCCUCCCUCUCUCUCUUUCUCUCUCUCUGUGUGUGUGUGUGUGUGUGUGUUGUGGUCAGCAAGUUGCUGCAUUGGAUGCAGUGUUUGAGUUUCGUGGUAGGGGGUCGGCAGGAGAAGGAGGGCAAAAUCAAACGCUGGUACAACUCAUCAUUCCUACUCGCUAGAAGGUGACACCCACACAUACAUACACAUCCAUCCAGCCAUCCAUCCAUCACCACACACAGACACAUGGAUGGCUGUAUGGCUGUGUGUGACCAGGCAGGGUGCCGUUCAGGACCAUGCUCUCCUCCUCUGUGGCCUGCUGCUCGGCACCAAGAAGGAUGCAUACGUUUGCAAGGUGGCUGAAGAGCGUGCAUCCACUCACUCACUGCAUCACAUGAACGGACGGAUGAAUCCAUGUGUGUGUGUGUGUGUGUGUGUGUAGGGUACGUUGCCGUACGGCGAUGAGCACGUGUGGGUGAUGACUCGCGAGGAGGGGCCGUCGGGGUACGUCACCUUCUGGGAACUCACACAGCGAAUGAGAUACUACCUGCCAUGUACUCACACACACAGAUGGAUUGAUGGAUGGACGCCUGGCUCUUCCUGCCUAUCAUGCUCAUGCGUCUUUGUCUGUGUAUGUGUGUGCAGUGCGUUGGGCUGGCAGGCCCGAGACCUUCGACACCGAGGAGGUACGUGUGUCAUCAACACACAGAUGCAGCCAGCCCAGCCACGAUGCCUUUUGUGAAUGUGACCUUGUGGGUGUGUGCAGAGCGCCAUCCAGCGUCCACGGAGCUUUGAGCACGUGAGUUGAGUCUGUCCACCAGUCAGCCCACAGACAGCGGCAUCCAUCCAUCCAUCCAUCUGUGUGUAUGGUGUGUGGCUGCGUCACGUCACUUCAGCGCGGGAGCCUGGAUUCUCCGUCGAGCGAUUUCGACUCCAUGUGGGCCGACACCGAGGUCAAAGACCAGACCGUCAGAGAGGUGCGCCCCACCCCACCGGGGGAGGGACACUGACUGACAAUCCACACUCACGUACCCGAUUUCACACGUGCAUCUGUUUGUUCCGGGGUGGGUCGGCCUGUCUGUCUGUCUGUCUGUCUAUGCUGUCACCUCACCGGCCCCCCCUCAUUCACCACACCACACAGGACGAGUACGAUUCUUUGCCCCACAUGAGCAACAUCCCACGGCCCAAACGCACCACCGCCAAAGUCGCACCCAGGAAGAAAAGUACGUAAUACACAACACAACACAACGCAAGAACACAACACACACACGCGCCCCCCCACGCCCAUCCACCCUUUGUAGAGCUUUCUGCAUUCCGUCGCUCACUUCUCGCAGGUCGUGUGUCGCGUGAGGCGCAGCAGCGGGAGCACGCGCAGCGUCGUGCGCAGAAGCCGUACGCCCCCCAGAUGGACCUAGUGCGCGUCGACGACACGUUGGUGCCUGUGCCGUACGAGACGAUCGAGGUGGUCUUCAACCACGAGCGGGUGUUCGGCAACCUGCAGAACCACCACCCGGCAUGCAUCAAAUACGACUUCGAGAACCCACAACAGUGGAGAGACCUCAACCAGCUGCUCUCACACCAGGUGAGGGAGGAAGGGAGGGAGGCGGCCAGAAAGGUCGGUGGAAGGAAGGUGCAUCCAUCCAUCCAUCCAUGAAGCUGACGAUUGUGUCUGCCGUGUCUGUCGUGUGUGUGGUUCAUUCCUUGAUUCAGGAUUACCCCGAGCGGAUUGACGCUGACGUGACCCCUGGUCCGGCUUUGCGGCCGCACACGUGUGAGAGGGAGGCGGCCAAGCUCGUGGGAGAGCUCUGCGAGAACAUACGCAUGUACAGGGCCAGACUGGGGCUCGAAACCCUAUUCGACAACGUACGUCUCAUCUCGUCAGCCAUCAGCCACCCCCCCAAACAUGUACCCAUCUGUCUGUGUGUGCGCGCGCGCGCGUGUGUGUGUGUGUGUGUCAGAGUGAGCCUCUGACGGACAAGAUCCGUGACUACUUGGAUCUGUUGGAGCAGCGGCACAACCUGAGUCCAGAGUUCGACCCCGGGCCGGGCGAGCCCACGGGCUUCUCCAACCCCAGAGACGAAACCGAGGCCGUACGGGUGUUCAAAAGAUACCCACCACCGGGUGGGUGAGACCUCCAAUAUCUUAUCGGCAUGCAAUGGUGGCCCGAAUGUUGUGUGCGUGUGGUGUGUUGAUCAGAUUCGAUAUCCCCCACGCCAGCAGAGGUGCAGAGCAAGUGGCACGACUACUACGAGUGAGUGAGUCAGUGAGUCAGUCAGUGUGGGAGUCAGUGUGGGUGGAGUGCCGACCGGAACGAUGCACACGCACUCGUGCUGACAUCCAUCAUGUGUGUCACAACCUGUGUAGUCGUGAGAAGAAGCUGUACGAGUCAGGGAGGGAGGCACUGCAGGUUCGCAAGGGACACCAAUUCUCAGGUAAUAAUAAUGACAAUGGAUGGCUGGGCGGGGCGGAUGCCACACACGCCAGCCACAUGCAUUUGUGUGUGUGCAUUGAUUUGAUUGGAUUGGUAAGGUUUUCCUAUGCACUUUUGCUCGGCUGACUCGGAGAAGAUCCGUGAGUAUCUGCUGCAGAUGAAGAAGUUCAGGGCCGUUCUCGAGGCCCCCCUCGACUCCGUCGUCUACACCAUCGUCUGCCGCAUAUUCGGACUCUCUUCAUGUAUGUAGACACGGCACGGCACGCACACGCGAUCAGUAUAGUCGUUGCACUUCACUUCACACACAGAGAGAGGGGGGGAGAGAGAGGACAGUCAGUCAGGUCGAUUCAUUCACUCAUUCCUGCGUGUCUCUGUCCGUUUGGUUUUCUCUUUGUGUGCUGUGCUGUGCUGUGCAUGUCAUUUGUUUGCAGCGAUCCCGUCUGUGUGGAUCUUCUUCGGUGCGUCGGUGGCUGUGGUGCAGAACCAAUACACAGGCGAGAAGACCAUGGCCAUGUUGUAAAUUAAGGAAAGGAAGGAGGCACAGGGAGGAACGACCUAUUUGCUUUGCCUUCCUUUGGUGUGAUGUGUGUCUAUCCAAUGAAUGAAUGCACCCUCAUACGGGACCCAACCAACCACCCAACGACCAAUGUGUGUUGUGUGGUUUGUUGCCUAUAAGUGUGGCUGUGCUGCUCUGCCCUGCCCUGCCCUGGUCUGGUCUGGUCCCAAAGGUCUGUCUGUCUGCUGGUCCAUCCAUCCAUCCAUCCAUCUGUGUUACACACACGGCAUGCAUCGAUCGCAUCGCAAGGUAGGUAGGUCGGCGUUUGUGUCUGUCUGUCUGGCAUGUUCGUGAGUGAGUGGGUGCCACCCCAAGCAACUAACUGGUGUAGACAGGUACUUUGUGUAACUGCAGGCAAUGAAUGUGGGAGUUCGUUCAUCAUUCUCUCCUGUCUGCCCUGCACUGCCCUGCACUGCACGUGUGUUGUGUGUGCUUUCUUUGUACGUCUUCCUCUCUCGCCGCUGGUUUGCCCCUGCCUGCCUGCCGAUGGUUGCAUGCGUUCAACUCAACGAAUGGUUCAUGUCUGGUGCCGUGGUGGCCGGCCAUGGCGUGCUGUGCUUGCUAAAUGGUUGAUUCAACAUUGGCUGGCUCCUUUGAUUGCACCUCCAACAUUCGGAUGCACACGCAAGAAGGUCUGUCUGUGUGCGCCGAAUCUCUGCGUGUCUGCAUGCGUGAGUGUCUGUGUCUCUGUCCGCUAUCACAUUAAUCACAUGAGAGAGCACC